AUGAGCCACAAGAGGAGCGGGGAAGGCAGCAGCCACGCGAUGAGCCCGUACCAACAACAAGUGCAGUCCGACCUCUGCUUCUAUAACCAUACGGACGAAACAGGUCCACUUAACGACCCCCAGAUCCCAGGUCCCCUCAACGACCCCCAGGUCCCCGGUCCCCUCAACGACCCCCAGGUCCCCGGUCCCCUCAACGACCCCCAGAUCCCAGGUCACCUCAACGACCCCCAGGUCUCCGGUCCCCUCAACGACCCCCAGGUCCCCUCAAUGAACUCCAGGUCCCAGGUCCCCUCAAUGACCCCCAGGUCCCCUCAAGGACCCCAGAUCCCAGGUCCCCUCAACGACCCCCAGGUGCCCGGUCCCCUCAACGACCCCCAGGUCCCCUCAAUGAACCCCAGGUCCCCGGUCCCCUCAACGACCCCAGGUCCCCUCAACGACCCCCAGGUCCCAGGUCCCCUCAACGACCCCCAGGUCCCAGAUCCCCUCACCGACCCCCAGGUCCCAGGUCCCCACAACGAUCCCCAGGUCCCAGGUCCCCACAACGACCCCCAGGUCCCAGGUCCCCUCAACGACCCCCAGGUCCCCUCAAUGAACCCCAGUUCCGGUGCUGGCCGCCUCCUGCCCAUCUCGUCAGCCGCACGAGCGCUUGAUUCGUUCCGCAGCUGCCGCUAUGGCGGCGGCGGCGGCAGCGUACUCGCUGCGUGCGUGCGUGCGUUGUGCUCCACAGCCCAGACCAAUCCCCCCAGGAACCUAACGUGGGAGCUGGUGGGCGACGACGCGGGGGAGGACGCCACGGAGAACGAGCGUGGCGAGGUGCGCCUGCGCUGGAAGCCACCGCCGGAGCCGGACAUCCGCAGCGGGUGGAUAACGCUCGAAUACCAGAUCCGCCUACGGGACAACGGCACCCUCAACUGGACGCUGAGAGAAGAGCACGUGAGUGUCAUGCACCACACGCUGCUGCGCCCGCGGCCCGGACGUCCCCUGGAGGUGCAGGUGCGGUGCAAGCCGCGCAACUUGGGCAUCUGGAGCGAGUGGAGCGAAUCGCUGCUGGUGAUCACGAAGGGCUGGGACCUGCUGCAGGUGCUGCUGGUGCUGGGGGUGCUGGUCUCCUGCUGCCUCCUCGCCACGCUGCUGCUGCUUCUCCGCUGCCACACACGGAUGGCCAAGUGGCUGUUCCCUCCGGUGCCCAGCCCCCGCAUCCGCGGCAUCGACCCAGAUAUGCUCAAGAAGGGUCCGGUGGAGGAGUUCAACCGCAUGAUCAGCUCCUUCCACGGCUUCGUGUCGCCGGUGAUGCACGACGACCCCUGGCUGGAGGUCACGGAGGUCACCUGCGAGCGUGACACCCUCCUCGCAAAGGUCAAGGGGGGGUGGCGGUCGACCGGGCCGGCGACACCGACGCAUGGUCGCCCCGUGUGGCCCGGCGAGGCCGCGGCCGCCGCGGCGGCCACCAUCGAACCGGAUCUUCUCGGCUACUUUCACGGCGAUCUCCCCGAAAAUUCUGCCAAAUCUACGCCCGACGCCGGCGGUGACGACGAUCGGCAAAAACACGGUGGUGGUGGCGGUGGCUCCGAGGCGAUACGUCCGGCUGCCACGCUGCCUGGAGAGUGUUACACGCAGGUGUGGGACGUGAGCCCCGACGGCACGGUGUGCCUGGCCUCUCCCGCCGCCCAAGCCCUACGACCGGCGGCGGCGGCGGCGGCGCGCCCGGCCGCCCCUGCGGCCCACGCCGGCGAAUCCGCCGGUCCCAAAGAAAGCGCCGAGUCGUCCGCGAACCGCGGGAGAGACGUGACGGUGUUGCCGACGGGCGCGGGGGAUUCUCAGCCUCCGCCGUUUGUUCUCCAGCCCCCCGCUCUGGCGAUUACCACCACGCCGCCCGCCCGCCUGGACCCGAUGAUAGCCACGCACGUGCUGCCACCUUCUCCGCCAUCUCCUCCUCCCCAGAGCCACCGAGCGGAAGGCUCGUCCCGUCGCUCCGAUCCCCACGAUGAGCGCGACGCCACCGCCACCGCCGGUGCCUCCUCUCCCCAUGACGACGACGACGACGACGACCGGGACGACGCGACAUCCCUCCCGCCGCCGCCUGCCCCCCACAACUCAUCAGACAGGGCCCCCCUCCGCUCGCCGGACUCGCCGCCCCCGGUGCCGGACUACACGGCGGUCCACGCGGUGGACGCUCACCAGCGCCUGUUCCUGGACGCGCGCACGGACGUCGUCAAGGGCAACGGGGAUGCGCACAAGGGCUACCUCCCGCCCGAGCAGCUGCGAGCGCUGCUGCUGGCGUCAGCCGGGGUGGGGGUGGGGGUCCGGGUCGGGGUGGGCAGCACGCAGGGGUACGUGGGGGAGGAGAGGGCACGCUUCGUUCGCUCGUGACUCGCCGGUUGUUUUUUGCGCGCGCGCUCACAGAGCUGCGCACGCGUCCGUUGCGCUUGCAUUCUCCCGUUCGUUUCGCGUGCGCGCGCACGCGCGUAUUCAAGUGUUCGUUCACGUGCGCCGCGUGUUCCCCUAUAAGGGGGGUAGAAGGGGGUGAGAGGGGGGUGUGGUGGGGGGGGGGUGCAUGAUUCCUCCCCCACCCACCGCCCCCCCUCCCGCCAUCCGUUUUGCUGCUGUGCGUUUGAUUACGAGUUAAGUGUCUCUCCCUGGGUUUGUAUGAAUGUACAGUCUAUUGAUGAAGCUGCGUGUAAAUCUUAAACGGGUGUAGAAAUCUGACGAGUUCGCUGCAGGAGUCGCUCUCGCCCUUGACCAAAUCACCUCGAGUGGGCCCCGAUGUUGUCAGGCGUCGGGAGCUAAGCAAGGCUGGAGCCUGGAUAGCGCUCGCUCAGACGGCCGUGCACACACACGCGCACGUGCGCACACACGCCCGGAUGUUGUAGGCAGCUGCAGGACUACAUUGUGGACAACGGAGGGCAAGGCAGCAAAAGCCAUCGCUGUACCGGUGGUUCUAUCCCACCGCGUAUAUGUAACACACAUUAACCGGUAUGGUGAAGUAUGGGGAUGUUUCUUGGGACCUCCUUUGCCAGUACCAAUCAGUUUCAAAGACAAUGCAUAUAUUCUAGAUUUGAAGUUUUCGUGACUGCAGGGAUCCAUACUCGUUGGUUCUUUCGGUAAAGUCACGUAGGUAUAAAAUAUAAUAAAUAAAAUCACGACGUUUCGAUUGCAGCACAAGCAAUCAUCAUCAGGUGGGAAACCCACAGAAAGAAAAUGUUUUUGUUGAAGUGGGAGAGAGAAGCCAAGAAAAAAAAUAUAUUGCUGUGGUUUUCCCACCUGAUGACGAUUGCUUGUGUUGCAAUUGAAACGUCGUGAUUUUAUUUAUUUUAUUUUAUACUUACGCGACUUUACCGAAAGAACCAAAGAGAAUGCAUAUAUUAUCAGAGUAUGUUUUUUUUGUUUGCAUUCUGAUCACAAGCAUUGUGGUCAAUGCAGACAUGAUUCCUUGUAAAAGGUUUCAGUUUGGUGAUUUAACAUCUUAACACAGCUGUUUUGUUGCCAGAAAAAAGGGGAAAACCUGUUCUCACAUGGGGAUGUAAUCGUCGAUCUAUGGAUUGACAAUAGAGGGCUGUGCAUGUACACGUGUACAAGAGUCCCUCCCUACCUCUCUCUGUCUCUCUGCCUCACAACCCAUUCAGUACAAUUCACUUUCACAAUUUUAAUUUAAUCUCACGCGAGAAGCUCGCGAAUGCCACGCGCGUGUGUCAAAGACACGUGCCGGGAACGUUUCCGAGAACUGCCCGGGAGGGAGAGAGAUAUCGGUGUCGCCAAAGGUCGACUUUGUGGAAUUCUACUGCGGUGUCUCGUGGUGAAACGCCACCGAACUUUUUUGCACAGAAGCUGUCGCGUUGACGGCGGACACGGCCGACGGUCGUUGGGGUUGCCCAGGAUGAUGGGGAUAGUGCCUCCGUGCCUAAUGCGGGAAUGUACGGUGGUCGUGUUCCAACCGGGGGGGGAGGCGGGUAGCGCAGGGGGUUCACGGGGUUUGGGAGACUUUCGUGGUGCCUUGGGCCAGACGUGAGCGGGUGACUUCAUUUCACGAUUUUUUCCCCGUGGCCACGCGGAGCCGAGAAGCAGAGGUCGCAAACGGGUGUUGAUACCUUACCCGUACCUGGCCGCACCAGGGUCGCAAACGGGUACCCGUACCCGGCCGUACCCGGCCGUACCCGGCCGGGUACGGGUAGGGUACGGGUAUCGGGUACCUGAUUGCGACCUCUGGGAUGAAGCCAUGUUGCAGGCGCUGGUGGGUUCAUUCUAGGAACUUGAAUUGUGAGAAGAGACAAGACGUUGGGAAAUGAGUGACAAACAGUUACUCACCAGUGACUCACGGCCUACCCGUACCCGUACCCGGCCGCACCAGGGUCGCAGACGGGUACCCGGUAGCCGGGUAUCGGGUAGGGUGCGGGUAUCGGGUACCCGGUUGCGACCUCUGCCGAGAAGCGAGCAUCCUGACGCCGCUGAUUUGGCACCAAAGGGCAAUGCCAGCGAGAGAGAGUGGAAUUUCGCGGUUAACGCCGUCGUUGUGUUUAGGUUUGCGUACGUUCACGGCAAUUUGUCUGUUGAGGAUUGAAGGAGGGGCGUGGGUGGGUGAGGGGGGCUAUCUUUGUCUUUGUUGUAACAAUGCAACCCGAAAACACGUCCCCGAGAAGCAGAAGGGGGAUAUAUUUAUAUGUUCGACACGGCAACAACACCGUGUAGCUAAUUUUAUUUCCCUCGGCCUUCACUCUUGCAGUGACUGAAGCGACUGAGACGGGUGUGUUAAUGCUCCCCCCCUCCCUCCUCCACGUCCGUCCAUAAAUGACGUCACGCACCUAUGGGGGGGGGGGGGUCAGACAUUUGUGACGAGGGGGGGGGGGGGUGAGAAAUGUGACGUCACAUCAAAAUACUGCAACUUUAAAUAAAUAUAGACAACACGUUCUACUUAAUUAAAUAGUCGUUUUAAUAAAUGUUUUCUCCUACAACAUCAGAGUGCAGCGGCACAUUAAAUCCGCACUACAAUGACAAUAAUUUAAAGCGAUUUGAAGCAUGUUUUAUUUUGGGGGGGGGGGGGGCAGAGCUUUGUGACGUCAUAUUUGAGUAGGGGGGGGGGGUCUGAUUUUUUGUGACGCCGUGUGACGAAGGGGGGGGGGGGGGAGUCAAAAAUCGUCCAAAAUCGCGUGACGUCAUUUAUGGACGGCCCCUAACCCCGCCAAAGGUAUUGGAAAGUGCUAUUCUGCCCCCCACCCCACCCCUGCCUUUACACGAUGGCGAAUACCGCCACUGUUUACUGGAAACAAAGAAAAUGUGAGGAAGGUGGUCAUGGUUAGUGGUGUUGGGGGGGGUCACCUUCAGGGAAAUAGCGGAAGAGCUGGGAGGUUGCAAUUGUGUGUAACGUUUUGUGUAAAAUUGUGUGUAACGUUGUGUGUAACGUGCGUUUGCGGAUUCGCACGCGGUGCCCUCUCUUCGUGCGUGUGUGUGUUGUUGUGAUUUUCGUGGUGGUGGUGGUGGGGGGCUUAAUUUGUUGUGCGUUGCGCUCACCCCCCCAUCCCCCCCCCCCCAUCGGUAUUGUUGUUGUUGUGUCUGUGCGUCAAGAUUUCAGUGCGAAGAUGUGCGGCAGAUAAUUUGUUUUCGCGGAUGUUGCCACGGAUGUGAACAUUAGUGGAGUGGGGGGCUAUUUUGUUGUCAUGGUGACGUUUACCGUGUCCCGUGAUUGCGUCAACGUUUUUGUCGUCGUCUUGUCAUCCGUCAAAGAGCUUUGAUUGUUACGUGAAGAGGGACGGCGUCUUUACAGAGGACAAAGAGUGCAGAGUGAUAUUUAGAUAUACUUAUAUUUAGAGAUACGCUAAAUCGAUAUUUUGUUUUAAUGAAAUAAACAAAAAUAGUUUUA